AUGGCUUCUUCUUCUUCGGCAACGGGACGGGGACCCAACGACAACGGGGAGGGGGAUAUGGGGAUGGCCAUGUACGACCUGUCAGAAAUGCACUGGCAGAUGGGGCAGGAGGAGACGGAGACGACGAUUGCCGUCUUCUGUUACCUCUGGAUCCUCUACGACCCAGUGAUCGUUACCCGCAUGGUCGAUGGCCACCAGGUCGAGUUUUACUGGUGGUCACUCAACCAAUCGAGGCACAUCAGGACGCUGCAGAGGCGUGCCCGCUCGGCGGCGGCCUUCGGCCUCUGUCGAGUGGAUUCAGAGGCGCGCCUCUACCACGAGGGGAAGCAAGUCAACGGGGUGAUGCUGAGGAAGGAUUGGGUCGGGGCAUGGGACAACACCGCACUAUGCCCCCUUGGCCAUCUCUGCAAAGGCGCCUCCGUCGCACACAGCAUCCAUCAGACAUGGGAUGCUCCCAUCUUUCCGCCACCGCCAAUCGGCCCAACCGCAACCGCCGCAGCCACUGCCCCCUCCCCAGGCGACUACUCCCAGCCAUGGUUGUCCUUCCAGGACACAGUUGUUGAGGGAAUGCGUAACCCUUCGUCCGAGGUUAUCGAUGAGGCUGAGGACAUCUUCGAAAAUACGGAGCAGAUGAAGGAAUGGCGGAAGCAAAUGGCUGAAUACUAUAGCCGGAAGAGGACCAAGGAUGCUGAAGCCGAUGAAUAA